GCUUCAAGCCCGCUCUCUGAAGCCUGGCUGCAGCAAAGUGAGCAACGUGAGGAGCUGGAGUCCCCGAGCCCCCUGUGUCAUUUACAUACACCUCAGCGGCAGCAGCACAGCCACCCGCGUUCCUGUAGCACUGCAGACCCUCUCCAAAACAGACUCCUGUCCUCCGUGUCCUGCCAUGGCCCUGGGCUUCAUGGUCCUGCUCCUGGUGGGGAUGAUGGAGACAGCUUCCAGGGCUGUGCCUGUGCUGACCCAGCCAACCUUCAUGUUGGUGCUGCCCGGGCAGACUGCUCGCUUGUCCUGCACCCUGAGCCCCCAGUACAACAUCAGUGACUUCGGCAUCUCCUGGUUCCAGCAGCGCCCGGGGCACAACUUGACAUACCUGCUCUAUUACAACUCUGAGCGAGAGAAGCACAAGGCCACCAAGACUCCUGACCGCUUCUCUGCUACCAAAGACAUCGCCAGCAACGCCUGCAUCCUCACCAUCACAUCCAUCUGUGAUGAAGACAGUGGCAACUAUUACUGCUCCCUGUCAGCUGCCUUCAACUGGUUUUAGAAGCAAGAGUACAAAAGCUUUUUGCAUUUCCCCUUGCAAGCCUGACACGAGUUAUUCAGUAGGGAGGUGGCAGCCCUAGGAGGAACGGAAAAGGACCCUCUAGUGUGCUGCAGCGAGCCCGGCAGCACUGCAUUGCGCUGUGAGGUGCAGCAACCUCCUGUUCAACCCCAAAGUCCCCCAUGGAACAUUGGACAGGCUGACACAGUGCGAGACCAGCCAGGGCUCGGCCCUGGAGCGCAUUAGCAGGGAUUUCCUGUUGCAGCGCAAGCUCUGCCAUAACCG